AUGAAUCAAAAAGCUACUGUAUCAAUUUUUUCAACAUCUCGUUUUCCGUUACGACAUUCAUCAAAAACUGCGACAAUAGCACCAUCAUUAUUAAUGUCACCACCAACUGUACCAAUUAAAUCACAAUCAUUAUUACCAACACGGAUCGAUUAUAAGCAUCGAUUGAGAAAUUUUCAACGAAAACAAGGCAUUAUUCGGCGUAAAUUACCAUACCUUCAAAAUAAAAUAUGUACGGAUAUUUCACCAUGGUGUGCUAAUUGGAUUCAUAUCAGUUCGAAUAUUUGCUUAAAAGCUGCAACUUAUAUGCAACAACAAUGUACUCGUUCAUGUCGUUUUUGUUAA